AUGCCAAAAAGAAUACAAGUGAAAGUGACACCAGGCACCUUGCUGAAAGCUGUUAGUUUAUAAGUUUUUUUAUUUCUCUUCAAUAUUCUCUAUUUUAUAGGUCCUUGAAGAAUCUUGUUUGAAAAGUGGAUUCGAUGUUUCAUGUUACGAAUUGAAAAGUCACAAUAAUAAAAAAGUAGACCUUUCUUUGACUUUUCGCUUGAGUGGACUGUCGAACAAUGCAACUUUGGAAAUGGUUCCAAAAUUGGCUACAUCUCCAGACUCUCUUGUCGAACUUACAUUGCAGGUGACUCUCUCAAUAUCUAUUUCGCAAAUUUCAUGAUUUCAAACGCUCUUAGCACCCUUCUGGAGAACGUCAUCAACUAUCCAUUCGAAUAGAUUCUUCGCUGGCGGAUGUUUUGAAAAAAUUCAGUGAGAAGUUCAACGAAGAUUUAGCCUCUAAUAUUGGGGAUGAACUCCCGUGCUGUGUUUAUAUGAACAAGCAGGUUCAAAGGUCACUACAGAUAUCGUUGUGAAAAAAAAUUUCAGUACACGGGCUUGUUGCAGUUGACAGAAACGACGUUGAGUUCGUUGGGAAUAACUUCCGAGAAAUGUUUGAUCAGGUUGCCAGAGCCUUUUUGUAAUUUGACUUUCUUUUUCUCAGAUUUAUCCGUGUCAGGCUUUCACCCGAAGAGUUGGACAAGUUGGAAGACGGUAUCAGAAAGGAACAAGAGCGAAAAGCGGCAAUGAACUCUACAUUCGAAAAACUCAAGAUUCAGAACAUUGAGCGCGAGCAGCUGGAGAAGAGUCGGUUGGAGGUUUUUUUGUCAGACUAUAUCUCUCAACUGUAUUUACAUAGACGUACGAAAAAGAAGCUGCCGCUCGCUCAGAAGAAGAAGGAAAAAAACAAGAGAAGCUGCGAGAAGAAACAGCCGACAGCACAGCAAGAGAAACAGCUCUACCGUGAGUUAUCACAAUCUUACAAACAUGAACUAGUUGAUUUGAGAGAAAGAAGUAUUUUACAAGAACCGUCUCACCAGAACCCGAACGACUGGUUUGAAAUUUACCAAUCUUCUUUUCUAUUCGGAUAGAUUCAAGGUCCUUUGACGCUCCUAUAUUUUCGCAACUCCCUUCAAACUCCCGAUUGGAUGGUCUCAACCUUUUGUUGGAAAGAGUUAGUUUAUUAAUAGAGCCUAAAAACAAUAGAAAUCAGGUUGAAACUUGCAUGAACGCGAAUCAGGUCGACGCUAUGGUAGAAACUCUAGCAAACCGCGGUCGGAUCUCUCUAGCGGAAAUGGUUUCUACGUCUAUUCAAAACACGUCGGUUCGUUUCUUUUUCUGUUUCUAGAUCUCUUUGCUUUUGAAAGUCAAUUGUGAGAUUCUCAAGGAAUAAAUAUGUCUAUAGAUAACUGCCUAUUCGAAAAAAAAAACCCUCUGUUUCAUUAAUGUGUCCCUCGAUUUCAUUUGCUCUUGGAAAUUUUGAGAAUUUUGAUACAUUGUCUCACUUCAAGAAUAAACAUACUUAAUGGUCAGCAAACAAUUUUAUAUCGGUUGUACAACAUAUUUUCGAGUCUUUUUUGACAGAAAAACUUAAUUUUUUUACAAAUCAGAUGUGACUUGCAUUCAAUAUUAUAGAACUAAUUUUUAUACAAAUUUUGGAUUCAAAACUGGCAACUAUAAAGUUGAAAUCUCCCAUUCAUUAAAAUGUUUUUUCGUUUGUAGGAAACAAUGACGAAAGAGGAGAAAGAAGUAACUUUGGAACCAUGUGAACGCAAAGCAGUUUUAUUCAACAAGAGGUUUUGUUUAAAAAAAUUAACAUAGUUUUCCAUUCAACAGACACGAAACUGAGGAAAAUACACCCGAGAUACCAGAAGAUUUCUAUGAAAUUGGCGUCGAUGAUAUUCGAACAAUGCAAAAAGAUUUGAGAAAACAAGCGUAAGUUCGAGAAAACAAAAAAAAAAUAAUAAUGAGUAAAAUUUUAAGCCGACAACACACAAACUCGGCUCUGGUUCCUACCUCAUACAUUUCUUCAAAAAACCGAGAGACAAAACUUAAAGCAUACAAAAAUUGCGUGAUUCGAAUUGCGAUGGGACCUUUACUGCUACAAGCGUGUUUCCGGAGUGCAGAGCCCAGUUUGUUCUUAUUAAUUUUCAAUUCAGAUAACUUCUCACGAUUCAGGUUCUCGUUUGUCUGAGUUUUUGCUCUCAUGUUUGAAAGAUCAAAACAAAAAAGUGCAGUUAUUUUUCUCAAACAUGAAAAUUAACCCAUGCGAAAAAAAGAACUUUGUGGAUCUCGAUCUGGCUCCAAGAUCAACCAUCAUUGCGCGUAUUGAUGGUGUUAAUGGUUUGGAAGCCUUAUGCGAAAUUUCUCAAAAGUUUUGUAGACUACCCAUCUAUUCUCAGCGACAUUUCGCAUGUUUCUUCGAGCGAUGCCGAUAACAUCAGUUCUCAAUGGUUUUUUUUUUCUGGGUGUGAAAAAAUGACAGUUUUAAUUUGCAGGCUGCUAGAAAAUUCCAGUUUUCCCUUGUUUGUACCGUUGAUAGAAGAAGAAGCGCGGACUACGAAGCGCCCUCAACAAUAUUCAACAGAUGACGACUCUGCGAGGGGAAACUUUAGUGGUCCGCCUGCCAAAAGCGCCUUGCCCAAGUGGCUUUCUACUGGAAAGAAGUGA